GGGCGAUCACAUGGUCUCCCAUCAGUGAUCGAUCAGUCACCCUCCCCACAGGGCCCACCUGGUUCCUUUCCAGAUCCCGCACUGCACUCUCUCUCAACGGAAAGCAACCCAACCAUAGCCGAGCUGAAGCUCUGAACCGAACACGCCACACGCAAGCACACACCGCUGACUACUCUAGUGCAGUAGCCGCGUACACUCCCUGACCCAAGAGCAAUGGCGAUGCCGCCGAAGCCCGGCGACCCGCCCCAGUGCUCGCCGGCGCGGAGCCCCAACCUCAACCUCCCCUGCCCGCUCCCUCCCAUCCCAGGCGGGGCGCAGCAGCCUGGAGGCCCGGGAGCGCCCCCGCCGCGCGCAAGCCACCACCGCCGCGCCAGAUCUGAGGUCGCCUUCCGCUUCCCGGACGACCUGGGCCGCGGGGGCGGGGGCAGCUUCGACGAGAUCGUCUCCGAGGACGACCUCUUCUCCACCUUCAUGGACAUGGACAAGAUCGCCGGCGCCGACCGCGACCGCGCCGCCGAGACUUCCUCGCCGCCGCGCCCUGCCAAGCAUCGCCACAGCGCAUCCUUUGACGGCUUCGCUAUGGGGCCCGGGAAGCAGCAGGACGGCGGCGGAGGGGUGUUCGGCGAGGUGUUGGAGGCCAAGAAGGCCAUGUCUUCCGAGCAGCUCGCCGAGCUCGCCGCCAUCGACCCGAAGCGCGCCAAAAGAAUUUUAGCAAACAGACAAUCUGCAGCUCGGUCCAAGGAAAGAAAGGCUCGCUAUAUAACAGAAUUAGAGCGGAAGGUUCAAACUCUUCAGACGGAGGCUACUACUCUAUCAGCACAGCUGGCACUAUUUCAGAGGGACACAACUGGACUUUCUGCAGAAAAUGCAGAGCUCAAGAUAAGGUUGCAGGCCAUGGAACAACAGGCUCAACUGCGUGAUGCUCUGAAUGACACACUGAAGCAGGAAGUGGAGAGGCUGAAGAUUGCUACCGGUGAGAUGACGAAGUCCAAUGAAGCGUAUAAUAUGGGAAUGCAGCACGUCACGUACAGCCCUUCAUUCUUCCAGCUCUCUGAGCAACACGCAGUCCAACACCAUGGAAAUAUUCAGCUGCCACCUCAUUUCCAACCACCUCCUCACAAUGUUCCGAACCACCAGAUGCUCUCCCAUCCCAAUGCCCUCUCUGAUGUGAUGCAGCAAGACUCUCUUGGGCGGCUCCAGGGGUUGGACAUUGGCAAAGGGUCAGUGGCUGUGAAGUCAGAGGCAGAGGUGGUGGUGAAGUCGGAGGGCAGCUCCAUAUCUGCAGGUGAAAGCAAUAGCACCUUCUAGUUACAUCUGCCUGCCAACAAGUGUUCAGUUCGUUUAGAUUUCUUUGUUCAUAGUCUGACAUCCUUGAACUGCUCCCCAAUUCCUGUUAGGCUUAUUUUUUUAUUCAAUUCUUUAUAUCCAGUUAACAUUGUUUGGUUGUCGACCAUUGUCAUCGGGUGGUUGUUUCUGUAGAGACAUAUAUAUGUUUUGGGUUCAACUCUUGUGUGUUGUGGGUUGUUUCGAGUUAGGGGUUGAGCGGGCAGUGAGUGGUUCACCAGAGGUUUUUCUUUAUCCGUUUUAGUUAUGUCGUAGACUUAACAAUCAUGGAUAUUCCUUUUGAA